AGAAAUUCCCGGAAAAAUAAUAAAAAAAUCAUCACCUUUUUCUCUUUUUUCUUAGCACAGAAAUUCACACACCAAGAAUAAAAUAAAAUUAAAUCCACAUGCCCCACCCAGUUUGCUUCACUUGGAUCCAAAUUUGAAUCUCUGUUUGUAUUUUUAAAUUUUUUAUUGAAUUUUACUUUGAUGAUUUUGAUUGGUUCGAAACUUACGAAACAAUGGUGAACUGAUUGUUUCCCAAAUUCCCAUCACCAUUUUUUCUUGUUUCGGUUACGUGUUGGAAUCGGUUGAGUUGAACUCAGUGAUCGAAUCAAUUAGCCUGAUCAGCUGAGAGUAACAGAGAGAAAGGGGGAAGGAAAAAAAGGAAGAAGAAGCAAAUGCAGAGCAAGGGAUCGAGUUUGCGGUUCACAGGAAUGGUGAUUCGAUCCCGAAUUUCAACUCUUUUUCUGUCUAUGUUCGCAACAUGUGCUUCCCUAUACGUUGCGGGGAGGAGCUGGGACUGCAUUAGAUUAGCUAUGUGGGCAUUGCUUGUUAAGAUUGGUUUUCUUGAUUGUUACUAUUUUGUUCAGAGAUUGUGGCAGGAUGCCCAGAACAGAGUUUAUUUAGCAAACGAGCUCGAUAGAUUAACUGGUCAGGGAAGAUCGGUAAUGUCGGUCGAUGAUUCGUGGAAAAUCUUAGAUUGCAGAGAACAACAGAAGAAAUUAGUAGCCUUGGAGAUGGAACUCGCGGCUGCUAGGCAAGAGGGCUUUGUUUCGAAGCAUUUAUCUGAGACCAAUAAGAGGAAGCCACUUGUAGUGAUAGGAAUACUUACUGGAUUUGGUCGUAAAAGUAACAGAGAUUCUAUUCGAAAGGCGUGGAUGGGCACCGCAAAUUCAGUCCCCAGUGCCAAUCGAGGGGACAGCAUGGACAGGAGCAUCGAUAGUGAAAAUAAACAAACUAAUGAUAUAUUCAUUCUUGAAAACCAUGUGGAGGCACCCGAGGAACUACCGAACAAGACGAAGCUAUUUUUCGCUUAUGCUUCGGAAAAUUGGGAUGCUGACUAUUAUGCAAAAGUCAACGACAAUGUCUACUUAAAUAUCGAUGCCUUACAAAAUACACUGGCAGCUCAUUUGGACAAGCCUCAUGUCUAUAUUGGGUGUAUGAAGUCAGGGGAAGUUUUUUCAGAACUGGGCCACAAGUGGUAUGAACCGGACUGGUGGAAAUUCGGAGAUGGGAAAUCGUACUUUCGUCAUGCUUCGGGUGAGAUUUUCGUGAUAUCUCAAUCUCUGGCUAAGUUCAUAUCAAUCAACAAAAAUAUUCUUCGUGCUUAUGCACACGAUGAUGUCAGCGUCGGUUCCUGGUUUAUUGGUGUUGAUGUAAAGCACGUUGACGAUAGGAACUUUUGUUGCUCUUCUUGGUCCUCAGGAGCUCUAUGUUCAGGUGUGUGAUCUCGUUUUUCCAAGAAUUUGGGAAAAAAGUACCUAAAGUUUGGUUUGAAUCUUCAAUGGCAUCAACUGACAGAAGUAACUCUACUGCACAUAGGAUAAUUUUGUCUCAGGAGGCAUUUUAUUUUUAUUUUAUUUUGUUUUCUCACAGUUAUAUAAUGAGAGAGCUGAUUUAUUUUACUUGGAGCUGUAGUUUUAGUCUUUUUACAAGCAUAAAUUGGGAAUGUACUCAUAAUUUUCUGUUUUUACUGUGAUGAAUGUAGGAUUAGGAGCACCUAACUGGCUUUGUUUUACUGUGUUUCACCUGGAAAUUAAAAUUUAGUUAUAUUUACUCAAAUGUCAAAAUUCGAAUUAAUGGCUCGAUUGUUAGGCCGUCUAACAGUAGAAUUUGCGAUAAUCAGAGGGUAUUUAUCAACUAUUACUGUACACUCCAAUUCAAACAUUUGAAAGCAAACAACAUCAACAUCAUAGGAGAGAAAGAUUCACUUUGCAAAUUCUAAAUCUUUGGAUGUGAAAAAGGCUAUACUGUAAUCCAAACAACAUGAUUAUCUCAAUCCUCAAAAGUAGAAAAA